GACAGAAAGCACAGGGUCGGGGUCGGUGCCGGGGGGACCGAGCGACCGCCUUCGCCCGCCCGCCCUCCAUCCCUCCGUCCCUCCGGGGCUGCUCAGCCACUUUCUUUGGCCCCACGGGGCCGGCGCCAAUCUGCACCCUCUGAGGAGGGACUGGAGGCUGGGGGAGACUCAGAGUCUGAAAGAGCCGAGCCUGAGGAGGGGAGCCUCGUCUUGUCACAGAGAAAACGCCCGUCACCCCCUGGCCGGGAAGCUGAGCCAGCCCCGCCACAACCCGCCUCCCGGGCACUUUCCCAGGGCUCCCCAAAGGCCGGGACAAGGGGGGAGCUGCCCCUCCUCCGUCCCUCCCCUGCCCUCCUUUGUGUCCUGGCCUCCGGAGGCCUGCCGUCUCCCACCAGCCCAAAGCGCCUCCGACCCGUCUCCCUCCUGCAGAGAUGUGGGCCGCGCCAGGCCCGGAGCAGCUCCCCUGGGAGCCUGGGCUCUGUCCCACCGGCGCUCAGAGAGGCCUUUUCCGCCCCCGCCGGCUCUGGCGCCCACUUCCGUGCCCCUGCCCAGAGGGAGCCUUCCCAGACCCCUCAGGGGCACGCACUAAGCCCCCUGACCCUCGGCCGCUCCCCAGGAUUCUCUGUAGCAGGAAGGGGGCGCUUUAGCCAGGCUAACCUGGGGUUCUCUACCAGUCUUCCUACCAGGAGCCUGCCCACAGAAAUGGGGGCUGCCAAAGGGCGCCAGGCCCCCCAAGAGGAGCCGGCUCCGGGCACAGCCACGGCCUUCGGCCCCGGCAGGACGUCCAGUCAAGGUCACCGCUACCGAGGCACUCCAGGCGUGGCCCACGAGCACCCAGAGGAGGAACAAAUGGAUCUCCCCCCACGGCCCUGGUGCCCGCUUGCAACGAGAAGCCCCCAGGCUUGAGUCCGGUUCUGGGCACUUGCUUUGCAAAGUCACAAAGGAGGCAGUGUCAGAGACGGCCAGGACGGGGAAGGGCCGGGGCCCUCCCACAGGCGCUGUCCGGCAGGGGCGAGCGGGACUGAGCUCGGGAGACUUUGGGCGGUCUCCCACCGGAUUUGGAGACGACCAAGGGGAGAGCAGAGGAGACCCCAGAAGUGAGCCAUGGGGGCCACCCCCCCCCGGGGGAUCUCAGGGAGCAGACUCUGAAGGUUCAAAGGGAAGCCAUCUCAGCGAAGGAGAGGGAGCACCGUCUAAAAGGGGAAGGUGUAGAUGCCCAGGAAGCUCCUCAUCCAACCUGGAGGACAGAGCCAGCCGACAGCAUGGCUUCCUACUGGCCCGUACAGUGGGCAGGGAAGGAGGGAGCAAUGGUGUCUGCGGGCACCUCAAACAAGGGCACAGACGUGUCUGCUCAGCAAGCACCUACUGUGUGCCAGGCACCGGGAGCGGAGCCAGACAGACCCUGCCCUUGUGGAGACUCUGCUCUCCUGGAGGAAGCUCUUGCUAGGAAGGAACAGCAAGGGCUCCUAAGGAGUGGCCAUCAUGCCACCGUCCGCUUGGUCCCAGGUGGGCAGGACUGCCAUUCUCUGGGUCCCGGGCGGGCAGGACCGCCAUGCCGCCAUUCUGCAGGACCGCCAUUCUCUGGGUCCCGGGCGGGCAGGACCGCCAUGCCGCCAUUCUCUGGGUCCCAGGUGGGCAGACUGCAUUCUCUGGGUCUCCGGCACAGGCAAGACCGCCAUGCCGCCAUUCUCUGGGUCCCUGGCACGGGCACCUUCAGCAGAUCCCGGGGGACACGACGAGGGCUUGGGAACAGAGACGGGCAGAGGCCCGGAUUCCUGAAGCAGAGGACUCGGAGGCCGCAGACUGAGUGGCCCAAGCGGCCCCUCUCCCUUCCUAUUGUCCUUGGCCCGGCCUGUCAGCACCAGCCCCAGGGGAGGCAGAGGGCCGGCAGCCCUUCCUGUCCUGGGCAUCCCGGCCGGGUGCAGUGA